AUGGUUUUGGAUACAAAUAAUGUCACAUGGACUCAAAAUGACACCUCAAGUUUCCUUCUCUUCCACACAUUUGCUUCUGGAACUAAGCCUGAUGGUGUAUUUUUCUUGGCGGACCCAUUUCUAACGAAAGGAAGGACCACGAUACCUGAUGGGACUUGCAGUUUCUGCUCUGUUGCUUCAGUGGGGAGGGCGGGGGAGAAUAGACUACAUCUCCCAGCGGGCACUGCGCCACGAUUUGGCGUUGCCAGGGCCACGGGGCAGGAAAGGGACGCCGUGAUUAUCGGACGAAAUAAUGCACAAGAUGUACUGUUGUUUAUGAUCCUGACAGCAAUGGAGAAGGAAGGAAUAACCUGUGAUGCUUUGGAAAAGUUUUGCAGGAGCCAUGAACAAACAUAUGAGGAAUUUCUGGAAUCAUUUAUACACCUUAGAAGAGAGGACAUGAAGAAACAAAAUGCAGCACCUCCUGACAUUGCGGAGAUAUCAGAAGAUGCUGGAAAAUACCUAGAUAUGAAGGAUGUACUGACACACUCUCUUGAGAAGGGAGGACAAUCACUUAAGGAUGAUAAAGAGGUAGAGAAUUAUAUUGACAUUGAAGACUUAGACAGUGGCAAAGGAAGUGAACAGCAAAGUGGCACUGGAGGAGAAGUACUCCCAGGUAAAAUAGAAGAGGAGAUUCCUGCAAAUUAUUCUCAUUGUGAAUAUAAAUACACGACCCUUGACUUCAAAGUGUAUCCAUGUGUUGAAGAAUUUAAUAACAAAGCACAUGACCAGGUGUUCACAGAUGAAGUCCAGCCUUUCACAUUGGAUGAAGAAUUUGAUUAUAACUGUGUUUAUUUCAAACCCAAGUAUACCGAGGCUGAACUUAAAACUCUUUCUGCCUUGUCACAACAGCGAAGAGAAAGUGGAGAAUAUAAUGCAGCAAAAUUGAAUGAUUCUGUCUUAUAAUGCAGUUGUCAUUUUCUGGUGCAGUCUACCAGGCAGCAUGACUUUCUGUUUCAAACAGUUGUUACAUUUGAAGCAGAAUAUGGUAAGGAGAACUUUCUAAUCCCACAAAAACUUCUACUAAUUGAAAUCAUGCAGUGAAAUGUUAACAAAUUUCAUAUUUUUUAAAUGACAUUUGUUCUUAUUUUAAAUCAUGAAAUUAGAUAAAGAUAUAAAGUGACUUUGAUUCAUUUGUGUUAUUUCUUUAUCUGUAUUACAAAGCAUUAUUUCAUCCCAUUAGAGAUGUUAUAGUUAUUAUAAAAUACAAUAGAUACCAGUCCACUUUCACUCGUACUCAAUAAUUGGGAUUCAUGUAUAGAAUGAGGGCAUGUUUGCCCAUCUCUAAUUGUCUGUGACAAGACUGUGGAGGUACUGCCUUGAAUUGCCAUAGUGAAGGUCCACCAUUGGUGCUGAUAUAAAGUAACAGGAUUUUAACACAGUUUUGAUUAAGAAACAGUGAUUUAUGGGCAAGUUGGUUUAGUGUAUGACUUGGAAGUAGUUGUCCCAUGUGCCUGCUGCCCUUGCCUUUCUACAUGGUAGAACUUCAGAGUUUAGGAGAUGCCAUUGAAGAAAUCUUCGUGAUAUAUUCUGCUGUUAUCACAAUGGUGAUGAGAAUAGUGACUGUUUAAGGUGCUUUGUGCAUACUAAUCAAGGAGGCUUUUUUGUUCUGGAUGGCUUCAAGCUUUAUUUUGCAGCACGUCUGGAGUAUUCUAUUGCAUUCCAGACCUACCUUGCAGAGUGUGGAAAGGCUUUGGUGAAUCUGGAUGUGAAUCACAGAUCAGAAUACUUGUUUCUGCCCUGAUCCUGUAGCCAUGGUAUUUUGAUACAUCAAUAUUCUGGUCUGUAGUGGCUCCCAUGACAUUGAUGAUGGUGGAUUCAAUGACAGAAGUGCUGUUAAGUGUCACAGGGAAAUAGUUAGUUAUCCUUGUGCUGGAAGUGAUCAUUUCCCUGUGUGCCCUGGAUUUUGUUUGCCACUCAGUAGUGUUGCAUGUGACACAAACUAAUUCUUUGUCAGUGCUCUUGGAAAUAGAACUGUGAACAUUCCUAUUUCUGAUACACUGGAAGAAGAGUCACUGAUGAAGCAGUUGAAAAUUGUUGGACGUUAGAUAUUGCCAUGAGCACUAGUGUCCUAGGGCUGGGAUGUUUGGUUUCCAUCAACUAUAACAACCUUCCUGUGAGCUAAAUGAGGCUCCAUCUAGCAGAGAGAUUUAUCCCAAGCCCCAAUGAUUUCAAUGUUAGUUGCUUCCCUCAGUAAUCGGAAGGGCAUUUUGUCUGUUCCAAAGCUAUAUUGAGGUUUGGAGCUAAGUGAUCCUGAUAGAAUGCAAACCAAGUAAUGAUUUAUUGAUCACAUUGUGAUACUUUUGCUGAAAUCUUCUGUUACAUUGCCAUUGAUUGAGAGUAGACUGAUUGGGCUGAAAUUGGACAGAUUAGAACUUUCCCAAACACAUCAUAAUCGUACAAAUUUUAACUUUGACCACAAGACACAGGAGCAGAAUUAGGCCAUUCGGCCCUUUGAGUUUGCUCUGCCAUUCGAUCUUGGCUGAUUUAUUUUUCCCUCUCAACCCCAUUCUCCUGCCUUCUCCCCGUAACCUUUGAUGCUCUUACUAAUCGAGAACUACCAAACUCCGCUUUAAGUAUACCCAGUGACUUGGCCUCCAUAGCCGUCUGUGGCAAUGUAUUCCACAGAUUCACCACCUUCUGGCUAAAGAAAUCCCUCCUCAUCUCUGUUCUAAAGGGAUGUCCUUCUACUUUGAGACUGUGUCCUCUGGUCUUAGACUCUCCCACUACUGGAAGCAUCCUCUCCAUGUCCAUUCUAUCCAGGCCUUUGAAUAUUCGGUAGGUUUCAAUGAGAUUCCUCCUCAUCCUUCUAAACUCCAGUGAGUACAAGCCCAGAGCCAUCAAACGCUCCUCAUACGUUAACCCUUUCAUUCCCGGGAUCUUUCACGUAAACCUUCUCUGGACCCUCUCCAAAGCCAGCACAUCCCUCCUUAGAUAUGGAGUCCAAAACUGCUCACAAUACUCCAAAUGUGGUCCAACCAAUGCCUUAUAAAGCAUUACAUGCUUGCUUUUGUAUUCUAGUCCUCUUGAAAUGAAUGUUAACAUUUGCAUUUGCCUUCCUUACUACAGACUCAAUCUGCAAGUUAACCUUCAGGGAAUCCUCCACUAGGACUCCCAGGUCCCUUCACACCUCCAAUUUCUGAAUUCUUUCCCUGUUUAGGAAAUAGUCUAAGCCUUUAUUCCUUCUACCAAAGUGCAUGACCAUACAAUACACUUCCCUAGGCUGUAUUCCAAUGGCCACUUUGCCCAUUCUCCCACCCUGUCCAAAUCCUUCUGCAGACUUCCUGCUUCCUCAACAUUACCUGCCUCUCCACCUAUGUAUCAUUUGCAAACUCGGCUGCAAAGCCCUCAAUUCCGUUAUACAGAUCAUUAACAUAUAACAUGAAAAGUAGCGCACCCAACACUGACCCCUGCAGAACACCACUAGUCACCAGCAGCCAACCAGAAAAGGCCCUCUUUAUUUCUACUCUCUGCCUUCUGCCAGUCAGCCAAUCUUCUAUCCAUGCUAGUACCUUUCCUGUAGUACCAUGGGCUCCUAUCUUGUUUGGCAGCCUCAUGUGCGCUCCUUGUCAAAGACCUUCUGAAAAUCCAAGUAAACAACAUCCACUGAAUCUAUUUUAUCCAUGCUGCCUGUUACUUCCUCAAAGAAUUCCAACAGAUUUGUCAGGCAAGAUCUCCCCUUAAGGAAACCACGCUGACUCAGCGUAUUUUAUCAUGACCUUCCAAGUACCCCAAAACCUCAUCCUUAAUAAUGAAUUCUAACAUCUUACCAACCACUGAAGUCAGGCUAACUGGCCUAUAAUUUUCUGUCUUUUGCCUUCUUUGUUGAGUUGAUGCCAAUGCAGAUGCUGGACUGGAAUAGUUUGAUUAGAAAUGUGCCUCUUUUUAAGGCAUAAAUCUUAAAAUACUACUGCUGAAUGUUACAGCUGAUGGGAUUUAUUGUAUUUGGGCAUUUUUUGAUAUUAAGUGGCAUGAAUCAAACUUCUGUGAUGACAGCAAAUUCAAGCAGAGGCUGAGAUAAAAUAUCCAUCUGAUAUUUCAGGCUGGAGAUGGUUCCAAAAGCUUCAAUCUUUUGUACUUGUGCCAGCUGUUAAUGAGAAUAGAGAGGUUUGCAAAAUUCCCCUUCUUCAAAUCUGAUUAGGUGUUUAAUUAUCUACCAAUGAAAAGAUUCAUUUGUUUUGGCAUUGUACAAUGUGUGCAAUAAAGUGAGUUGACUAAUGGAACUUUACAGUACAUUAGUAAGACUUGUUUUACACUAUUUUGUAUGUUGCUGAAUAUUUGGAAAAUUAUGGAGUCGUAUAGCACAGAAACAGGCCCUAAAGGUCAUCAUGUCCAUGCUCACCAUUGUACUUAUCUAUACUGGUCCCAUUUACCCGUGUUUGGUCUUUAGCCUUCUAUGCUUUGGCAAUUCAAGUGCAGCUUCCUUCAAACUAGAUAGAAGCAGCAGGUGGAUAAUGUGCCACAUGGAACUUGAGCUUUGUUGAUCAGUAUUGCUUUUGUUGCAAAUUAUUAUUUAUUCUUAAUCUUAGGCAAGUUUCAAUUGGAUUUUUACUUCUAAUUUGCUCAUUCAAUUUUACUAUUUUUGUUCUUAAGAUUAAAUAAUUAUUUGUUCUGUUCACUUUUAUUCACUAUCAGCUUGGUAAAUAAGUUUUUUCUUAUUUGUCUGUAUUUCAAACUCAAAACAACAUUUAAGAAUGGCGACUUAAUUGGAUGAACAAAUUGGAUAAUUCUUAUUCUGGAGUUUUAGAUAAGCCAAAAUAUAUUUGCAUCUUGUAUUGUAUUUGUUUGUGUUUGAUAGCAUACCGAAGGAAGGCAACUUUGUGUUAAUGCACAUGAAGGUUUGCUUGUGCUAAAGAAAUUUCCAGUAGCUCAUAAUAUUUUCUUAUAAUUGGAGGACAUC